AAAAAAGAAAAUCCACCAUUGGUGUAUGUACGAGACGUUAUCAGCAUUUUGCGUCAGGUGGGUGACGCCCUCAAAUUUCUGCACGAAAGUCGAGAUGCGGCAGGCAAUGAAGCAAGUCAUGGAGAUGUUGCGGCUCGAAAUGUACUCCUCACAGAAACAAAUUUGAGAGAUGAUGUCGCAGAAGAUGCUAACUCCGAAGGACGAUCAGGAUGUCGGAAUUUGAAAACUGCUUUACUCGGUGAUUUCGGAUUACCGAUCGAUUUCGGACCGCGCUUGCCGAUUCCAUGGUUGCCACCAGAGAUUGUCAGUAGCCUGGACCGGACCCGUGUCACACAUCGUCCCGAAAGCGAUGUCUGGAUGUUUGGAGUUCUAGGAUGGGAAUGUGUAACGCUCGGUGCAGAACCACAUUAUCAGCGCACUGUGGACGAGAUUCAGCAAUGCUUCACAUGGCCUGAUCGCGGCUUACAUCAGCCACCACGCUGCCCGCUAGACGUGUGGAACUUUUUGUUGGACUGUAUGUCGGAGCAGCACCGCCGCCCUCGCUUCGCUGGUUCCGCGGACAGCGUUUCAUCAGCAAUCCAUAGGCUUCGAACUUUGCAAAAUACUUACGCGAAAGACCGCCGAACACUUGAAAUCUUUUACAAUGCUACAAACUGCACCUGUCAUCAGCACAGGUGCAAUGUUCCGUUGCCAUCAUUUGCAAGAUAA